AAUAAAAACUUCUGUCUUUGAAAAAGGUAGCGAAGAAAACUUUUCUGUAAAAAUGAUAAUAUAAAAUUCUAAAGCAAGGUUUAUUCUAAGCCAAAAAAAAAAUUGGAAAACAAUUAUUAUCAGAAAUGUUUUUCUUGGGUUUAUUUUUAUUACAUUAUUACUACAAAGGAUUAUUUGGUCAAGUUACAAUAGUGGAUCAAAAUGUUGAAAACGUUUUAAUAUACUCUGAAGUUGGAAAAAGUGUUGUUUUAACUUACAUAAUAAAACUUGAAAAGUAUGGGAAUCCUGAGAGAAUUGAAGUGGAUGUUCGUUCUCCAUUGAACACUAUUAAGAUUUUAUUUUCAGUUGAGUUUGUAGAUGGUUCCUAUAAAAUCAUAAUAAACAAUAACUCUGACAUGUUGAUUUAUAAUGAAAGAAUCGAUCCUGAGUUAGAUAAAAAAGAAAAUCAAUUAACUGUUAAAUUCAAGUUAAAAAAUACUGUAAAUAGUGAUUUUGAACGUGAAUAUCGAUGUACGGUGCAGUAUCCAAAAUUUAAUCUUUGUUAUGGUACAAUUUUGCUUUACAAAGCAGUUUCUCCAAAAAUCAACAACGAAAGUUUUUCGUCCACUGAAUACGUCCCAAUUAACACAAAUAAAAAGUAUAAAUGUGAAGCAAUAGGCAUACCAACUCCUAAAGUUUAUUGGAGCUCUGAAAAAAAUCCAGAUAUAAAAGAAAAACAAGGAAAUGGUUCAUCUACUUUUGAAAUUAACAACGCACAAAAAAGCGACACUGGUGAAUACAGCUGUACUGCAACAAAUGACGGGGGAACCGUUGUAAAAAAAAUGAAACUUUUUAUUUCAUAUAUUGAGAUAUCUGAAAGUAAUAUCUUUACUCGCCACUUAGAAAAAGGUUCAGAAGUUAGAGAACGUUGCAAAAUUGAUGGUUGUCCUGAUCUCUCAUGGAUUUGGAAAAAUCCAUCUCAAAAAAUAAUAAGCACAGAUCAAUCUCUGUUGUUUGGAGACAUAGGAAAUCCUGGGAAAAACGAGUUUGGAAAUUAUACCUGUAUUGCUAGUAACAUUGCUGGGCAAAAAGAAUAUGUUUUGGUGCUUGCUCAAACUGAACCAACGUUGAUAACGGCAAGUAAAAGUGUAGGAACUGGUAAACUUAUUCAAAGUUCAAUCUUUAUCAUAUUUGGCAUAUAUUUUGUAAAUCUUUUUUUGACAAAAAGAUUUGUUUAAUUAUUUACUUA